AUGUAUCUUGUUACUAGGAUGUCCAACCAUUAUUGAUAUACCUGGAAAAGUAUAUUAUUCAUACCAUUACCACCUAUACAUUCUCUCAAUUUCUCUUCAAGAUCAUAACCCAGAAUUCCCUUCAACUAAAACUAUGACCAUCAAAAUUUAAUUUUUAAAGAAAAACGCGAAAUUCCCUUGGUUGCAGUUCGCCUUGAACGGUUUAAUCACACAAGUUUAAUGCAUGGUUACAAAAGCACGAGGCAAACUUUGCUGCACAAUCCUGCUGCAUGAUGGGAAAUUUUCAUGGGCUUUUCAAGGUUAAGUAUAAAGGGUUUUCAAGGUUAAGUAUGACAGAUAAAAGCUUCAUCUUUGACAUAGUUUCCUGAACACUUCAGUCUUGUUUGCAACAUUGCCAAAGUAUCAUGGAAGCUCAUCUGUGUUGGUAGUACAAUCAUAGUACAAUGCUAAACUUCUUCCAACACAAAAGUGUCAAGGUGUCAGUGUCAAAACAUGCUAAAGACACAAAUCAUUUCCUGGAAGAAAAAUAGAAACUUUCUGUAACAAAAGAGUCAGUUUUACUGCUGUCUGUUUCUUCAACUACAAACAACGAACCUCACACAAAGUGUUUCCUGGAAGAAGAAAAAUAGAAACUUUCUGUAACAAUCUGUUACAAAAGUGUCAGUUUUGCCACUGUCUGUUUCUACAACUACAACACAGAACCUCAAACAAUAACAGUGAGGUAUUCUUGGACUGCUUUUGGCAGAUAGAAGAAUCCCUACAAAUUAUGCUAUGUCUAAUUCCCGGCUAAUUGACGACAAGUAAACUAACAUCUGCAGCUCCAUACAUCUGUUAUGUCUAUUUAUGUUAUUAAAAGAAUUCAAAGUGACAAAAUUUUUACUACGUGGAUAAUUAGUUUUAUCGAGUACCAAAGUUGAGUCUACGAUUCUAAAACAGCAUUUGUUAACGAGACUGAAGUGUUCAGUCCAGUCUACGCCAACUGCAGUACUUUGGCAAGCACUUCUCAACUUCUCUCUUCCAGGGCAAACUCCUGCUGUAUGCAUUUUCCAUUCCAGGAACGGUUGAUGGUUCCUCUGAAUCCCUAAACUUUUCCUUCUUCAUCCCUUUGAUUAUCAAUGAUUUUAUUCAACUUGUCAAUAAACUAUAUAAAUCUCUUUUUUUAAGGUGAUCCUUGCAAUAUGGUGUUCUUCUUCACUUGACUCUGAACACUUUGGGUGGAUAUCCUCUCCUCAGCAUUUCACCAGUGUACCUAAACUCCCCUUCAUUCCAAGUGGCGCAGCCCAAAUGCUUCUUUUCAUUAGAGCAAGUCAACUUUUGGACUGUUCCACUUUCCGAAAUGAGGGUAGUUUGGAAUCACUGGCCUGGCAGAUGUGGUGACUUUCGCACAGCUCUAUCCUUUGCGUUUCAUUUCUGGCUGUAACCAUUUUGUUUCUGUCUGUUAACUAAAACAAUUUGUACAUGUUUUCCAGCUCGGAAUAUGUUGGAAGAUCAGCUGUUGUCCUGUCCGUACUGCGACAGAGGCUACAAGCGGUUGACAUCGUUGAAGGAACACAUCAAGUACCGCCAUGAGAGAACGGACAGUAGCUACGCCUGCAACGAGUGCAACUACACGUUUGCGUACAAGUCUCAGCUGGAGCGACACAUGGCGUCGCACAAACCAGGGCGCGACCAGGUCUGCGAGAGAUGUAACAAGGCUUUCGUGAACAUCUACCGCCUGCAGCGCCACAUGCUGACGCACACCAGCGGGAACCGCAAGUUCAAGUGCCACGAGUGCGGGAAGGCCUUCAAGUACAAGCACCACCUGAAGGAGCACCUGAGAAUCCACAGCGGGGAGAAACCCUACGAGUGCCCCAACUGUCACAAGCGAUUCUCACACUCCGGGUCCUACAGCUCCCACAUCAGCAGCAAGAAGUGCAUCGGGCUCAUCUCCUUCCGGAACAAGAUGGCGGCCGAGAUGCCGCCAAACGUCGUACCAACCAGCAUGCACCUCCUCAUGGCACAGGCGGCUGCAAAUCCGACAGUGUCGUUGCCCAACGGUUCCGCAAACCCCGCCACGAACGGACUUCACGCCAGCUCCACGGGGCUGUUACAGGCGCAGCUUAAUCUGACGUUGCCGUCACUCCUGGCAGCCACGCCACCCCUAGGUGCUCCGUCAACCUUACAGAAUCCGGUUAUGGUGAAGACAGAGCCUUUGGACACACUAAGCCCGCCGAUGUCCUCCAGGAGUAGUAUUUCCCCGUCGUCGUCAGGCGUUUACGUUAGCAGCUCAGGAAGUUCGACAGAGAGCCCCGUGAAGGGCGACAUCAACCAGGUGAAGAAGGUUCUACAGAUCGUGGAGAACACGGUAACCAGGCAACAGAAGGAGACGGGCGCCAUGCCGGACACGCGGCCCCGGGCGGUCGACAACGCUGCCGGAAAUCUCAGCGACGAGCUGUCAAAAAUCAGGGAAAAUGCCAAGGCCAUGUCUCUGGCGACAGAAGCGCUGUCUCUCAGCGACGCGGCUCGUUUGCCACUAAACCUGAACGGAUUUCACGCAGGAGACCCGACUAGCGCUUCGAACUACAUCCUAAAGUACACCCUGGAGAAGUUCAACCAAGCCAAGGCCCUCCAAGCCUUCUUGCCCCGAGAGAGAAGCUUUACCCCAGGUAAGGAGAUGAAGGACUACACCUGUAGAUACUGUGGGGAGGCCUUUCCCGGCGCCAUCCCGCUCCAUCAGCACGAAAGGUACCUGUGCAAACAGAACGAGGAGAUUCUCGCCGCCGCACAACUUCAGAAAAAUACGCAGCUCGCCGAAGCAUCUCUGAUCGAACAGGCUAGGUCGUUUAAGCCUGACCUCUUAGACUUGCAGGGCCAGUUCCUUCAGAGCAGUUUAGAGAAAGCCAAGUCUGAGUUGGAUCUGUCGAGCGAGCACUUGACCGUCCUGAAAGCCUACUAUGCCUUACAUGCACAACCUUCCCCGGAGGAGCUCAUCAAAAUCUCCAACGUUGUGGGACUGCCGAAAGACUUUGUGGAAAGCUGGUUCGCGAACAUGCGCGAGCGGAAUGAACCCAGCGGUGGUGACGAGAAGACGGGUGACUCAGAGCGCACGACAGGCAGCGAAACUGAGGUGCUCAACCUGUCUGCAAAGGCAACGGCACCUAGUACCAAACCAGGGGAGAACAAUGAACCGACAGAGGCAGAAAUACCCAGAACGCAAAGCCCUUGCGCUAAAGAGGAAGAAGCGCAACCACAGUCUGACAGCGAUGCCCCUAUGGACCUAACUGUUCCCAAGACGGAGGCAUCCAAAUCCAAGCCCAACAGCGUAGUCACCAUCUACAACAAAAGAAAAAGUGCCAUGUUUGCGCCCAUCCCCGACCCCCUCCUUACCAACCCUGCUGCGUACUACGCAGCCCUGCCGUUCUUCGGCCAAGGCGGUAUCCCCGCGCCGUUUCCCGGGUACAUAGACUUCCUAGCCUCCCCGAUGACUGGCGCAUUUCUGAACGGGCUUGGCUCCCCCUACCUCACUCCCGGCUUCAAUGCAGCUACCCUCUCCACCAAGAGGCCACGGUUAGACACACCCACUCGCGGGAGGAGAGGGAGAAGACGAGUCUACGACAAUGGCAGUCGGGUUCCCAUGGCAACACAGUCGGUCACGCCCGUCCAGACGUCCUCGCCGAUGCACCCGUCGAUGGAUCCAGACACACAGAGCCCCCUAGCACUGGCGCAAGAAACUGCCGAAGGCUCGCCCAGUAUACCCUCCCCCUCCCCAUCCGGAACCUACCCUGGCUAUAUUGGUGAUUCCGCCAGCUCUCCAGGUUCGCCGGCCCUCUCCACGGGAACCCCGGGAAGGAGGAGGGAUAGGACCACCCGGACGGAGGACGGGCUGUACGCCUGCGACUUGUGCGACAAGGUUUUCCAGAAACACAGCUCCCUGCUCAGGCACAAGUACGAACACACAGGUGAGACCAACUCCGGGAAGCGUCCGCACCAGUGCCCCAUCUGUCAGAAGGCCUUCAAGCACAAGCACCACCUGAUCGAGCACUCGCGCCUCCACAGCGGAGAGAAACCCUACCAAUGCGACAAGUGCCUGAAGCGGUUCUCUCACUCCGGCUCCUACAGUCAGCACAUGAACCACAGAUACAGCUACUGCAAGAAGGACGACUAGCAACUGGCAUCAAGAGUUUCACCACAACAUUCUGUACAAACAGACAUUUGGGGUAGAGUAGGAAGGACUCUGUAGGAACACUUCAUCUUCUAUCACAAUAUUACCAUAAGCCAUAUUGUUACUAUAAUAUUCUGUACAAACAUCUCAAAAGAGCAUGAAGCAUUAGAAUCACAGUUACAGCGAUCACAAGACAGACAAUAGACACAUCACAAGCUUCCUAAUCAGAAGAACAAAGCAAAUUUGAUCCCAAAUUAACUUUUUUGGUGUCCAUUCCUCAAGUUUCAGAGCAGUUGAGACUACGCAACAAUUUAGGUCCAAACUGACAGUUUCCAGUUCAAAUUAUGUUCAGUGCCAACAAGCAAAUUUCCAUCCCAGGACCGAAGGACGGGUGCUGGAAACAGCCCUGUUCCAAACUGAAAUCUGAGAGAAGGAAGUAAGGAUCUGAUGCUAGCUUUUCCAUUGUCCAUUUUUCGACAAAUCAUGAAUAUACCAUCCCACAAUCUGGUGAAACUUAAACUGUUAGGAGGAGACUGUUGUCACCACUAAUGCUGAAAAUGCUGCUUGUGAAAGGAAUCGCUACAGACCUCUUGAGGACGUUAUUGGAGCUAUAGCUAAGACAAGCCUUUGUAGAUAAAUACAAGAAAUAGUUAACUAUUUAGAAAAUGAUUUUUUGAAUCAUUUUUUAGAUAGGUGCAGAUAGCUUUAGGUACAAACCACUAGUUUCUGAACACAGAAAUUGACAUACAUGUAGAUUAAUAGCUAAUAGCUAUGUUAAGAAAAAUAGGUUAAUUUUCCUAUGUGUAGGUAUUUAGGGAAAGAGUUGUAAGGUAUCAUAUAUUAAGAGUUUGCUGUGCCACUUCUUGCCAUUGUAAAUUGAGCAAAAUAUAAGGUCUUGCCAUUUCUACAGUAGAAUAGGACAUUUGAGACAUUUUUGUGAGUAACAAAUGUGAUACGUGUAUAUGUAGGAUUUCCUUAGACAAGGAAAAAGCCAGAUGCCUUAUGUGCAAUGUUGAAUAGUAUUAAGAUAUGUGUUACAUCUUCCAUUUGCUUAGAUAUUGUAUAAAGAUAAAACCACUCUUUGUCACCAGCGAUUCACCCUGUUCCCACCCACAAAACUAAAUGGUAUGUUCCACUGAAGGGAACAUAGCAUGUGCCACUUUGUUUUAAGGGGUGAGAAGGCUUCUGGAAGAAAUUCCCUCCUGUACAUAUGUGAAGAAAGAAAAAGCCAUGACAUCUUUGUGUUUUGUAGACUAAAGUGAAAGUGUUUGAAUUAGUUGCCAAAAGAGACGACUGUGGAAAUACUACCAAGAUGUGGAAAAUUUAGUUAGGAUUUAAAAUCGGGAGAUGUAAGAUACAGAAACUGAAACUGAAUGGAGAGUGAAGAAUUGGUUAGUGUUGUGUUUUUUGGCGACGCCUCUGGUGCGGAGCCUUGUGAAGUAAGGAAAUGUGAGAAUGUCAUUACUGGACAGUAUUAUUUGCUCGUGACCAAUACACACUGUCACGAUGCGGGUUUGAUGCCGUCAGAUAGCAAAUAUAGAGAUUUCUGAAUUGUUUGGUACUUUUGUUUCUGGUACGAGAAGAGAUAGACGUGUGAGAAACGUGUUUUGAACAAAGGUGCUGGUUUGAUGCAGAGGAAGGGAAAUGUGGUUGACGUUUAGCAACUUGCAAUGUGCUGGUUUGAAUACAUGAGAAGAGUUUACUACAACCUUAGCUAUACUGAAUUUAAAGUCUUGUUUACAUACAACAGUAUGUAUUGGUGCAAAUUAUGUUGCCAUAGUGUGUACAAAGAUAUACUUUUUUAGGUAUAAUGGCCAAGAACAUGUUGCAUAGUUUGAAGAAGAUACAAUGAUCAGAGAGAAGAAGGAGUAUAUGAAUUGCUUUUGAAUGAAGAACUUUUUCAUUCGAAGGACAUUUUCAAAGUUCAGGAACACUUGUCACUAGAAUGGUUUGCUCAACAUUUUCUAGGACUUAUUGGGACUCUUAUGUCUGUAAAAGAAAUAACAUAACAUGACCAUUAUUUUAUGACUGUUGUUCCAAGUCAGAAUGAGUCUGGCAACAUCUUGUUAGUUAUGUUGCAAAAUGUCAGUUGCCAAUUUUUGUACGAGAGAGUAAGACUGGAAGUAAGCCUCUAAUACCUGACCACUAUGUUGUGUUUCAUCAAAGAAUAAGCCAUAUUUUAUGUCAUACAUUGUGUGAUAAGUUGGUAUGAUAUUUUCAAAUAUGUUGUGAUGUAGAAUUGUGAUCAGUUUUUGUACACAUCAGUAACCUAUUUCAGACUUGGUAUGUUCCAAACACUUCCUUAAAACCCAGGCAUUUUGGGUUGGUCCAUUAUUGUUAGGGGUCAGCUUUGGGGAACACACUUUUAAUAGAUUAUCAUAGUUUUAAGAAAUAGAAAUAUUUUUAAGAAAUUGAGAGCCACACAUUGUUUUAAUUUACCUGUGCAAUUAUUUGAAAUGUUGUAACCAUUGGUGGCACAGUGGAUGUUAAAUUUACCUAGGUAAUUAGCUAAUUUGGACUAUUUUAAGAGGAUUUGUAGCUAUUGUUGUGAUCUAUAUUAGACAAUAUAAUUAGCUAGUGCAUGCAGGAACGUGUUGGCUUGCAUGAGUAGUGUAGUAGGUGCAAUGUGCACCAACAUUGAAGGAGGAUCAGAUUUAUGGAAUGUUUUCUUCGGGGCAAACCAUGAAGAAUUGUAGGGAUGUGAUAUGUUGAAAAACUCUUCACUACCUACAGUAUGUAGCUAUGUAGAUAGAUAAAGAAAUUUGAGAGAAGAGCAUAUGCAAAUUCUGGAGGGGGAGUCCUGAAAUGGAGGAAAAACUUUUAAAAAAGAAGACAUUUUGAAAUGCACCCCUCCAAUCCUUCAUGGUUCACCCCAUACUGUUGAUCAUUUGUGAAUAUCAAUUGCAUUUCCUAUAUCAUGUCAGCUUGCUCAGAAGACUUAUUUGUUGCCAAAUUUAAAAAGUAUAUCAAAUUAUAAGUAGCAAAAUCUGCUCAUAAAUCUUACUAAAACAAACAUUGGAGGAUUAUUGUGCCUAGUUACCAUGACUACAUACCAUAUUAGGUAGUGAUUUUUUCCUGCCUUGUACUCACUCUUUGCAAAAUAUGCACCUUGUACAAAAAACGGAUAUUUUUGUGUUAUUGGAUAUAUAAGGCACUUGCAUGCAAGGCUUGAAUUGCAGGCUUAGUAUGCAAAUAUACAAAAGUUAACAACGUUAGUCGUAGAAAAUAUUUAUUAUUUACUCCUUGUUUAUUUAUUGGUUAGUUUUGGCUACCUGUGUUUAUUUAUUUUGACUUCAAUAUAUGUCAAGCCUUUUUUGUAUUUUCAGUUGUCUGUAUCUAAAAACGAAUAAAAAUUAAAAUGUCUAACUUUA